AUGACGUACACAACAGCUGGCUCUACUCUCACCAUGCACAGUGAGAGCGCCAUGUCCCUGGCCCCCACCUCCCUGGUGCCCCCGUCCAGCCCGCUGAUGCAGCCCGUGUCCGGCGACGUCCCCAACGGCCUGGGCAACAGCUCGCCGCCCCAGGACUACGCCGCCUCCAUGACCACUUCCCUGGGCCUGUACGAGGAGGAGACCACCUCCGGCUCCACAGACAACCACAACAAGAUGCUCAGUAGGAGCCAGCAGCAGCAGCAGCAGCAGGCUCAGGCCCAAGCCCAGGCUCUCCUCCUGCAGCAGCAGCAGCAGCAGGGCCUGCAGCACCAGCCCCCCUCGCUGGGCCUGUUCUGCAGCAGCGAGACCCUGUCGCACCUUGAGGCCAGCAUCGCCGACCUGAGCCGCGCCUCGCCCUCCACCAUGGACUCGCUGAUCGGCGGCGGCGACCCCAGCCUCUUCCACCUCAAGACCGAGGACUUCUCCCCCAUGGACAAGGGGGUGGAGAUGGACAUGGACAUGGACACAGACUCGCUGGGGGGUCCGCUGGGCAUGGGCGGCGUCGGCGGCGUUGGCGGCCUCGGGGGCGUCCACAAGGACAUGGAGCACCACAUGGUGACCCACCACAAGCUCUUCAACGACAACAUGCUGGAUCUCUUGCAGGACUUUGAGCUGACUGGCUCCCCGUCCGAGUUCUACGUGGGCGACGACGCCUUCCUCACCUCCCUGGCCGACGACUCGCUGCUCUCGGACGUCAGCGCCGACCCCAGAGACCCCAAGAGCACUGUUAGCGGUGGUGGCGGCGGUGGCCUUGUAGGGCCUGGGCUGACCUCCAGCAGCAGCCUCGUUAGUGGCGGUGGUGGUGGAGGUGGCGGGCUGGUGGUGAACGGCGGGUCAUCCUCCUCCUCCCGGCCGGAGCCGCUCUUCUCUAGCCUGGCGUCGGGCGCCUCCCCUUCGCCUUCCCCCGCCCCGGCCUCCUGCUCCUCCAGCAGCGGCAUUGGCAGCGCGCCCUCCACCCCUGCCAUCAGCCCCGCGCUCGUCAAGGUCGAGAAGGACACCACAGGCGGCUCUGGUUCUGGCGGUAGUGGCGCGGCAGUGCUGCAGCUCUCCACGCCGGGUGUCAUCAAGCAGGAGAAGGCCAGCGGCGUGGCGGGGCGCAGCUACUGCCAGGUGGCCAGCAGCGGGGGAGGGGGCAGCCUGACCCUGACGCCCGCCUCAGCCAGCAGCAGUAACCCGCAGCCGACACCCAUCUCCAUAUGCGGGGUCAGCACCUCCAGCGGCCAGAGCUACCUCUUUGGGACGACCUCCUCUUCCUCCACCUCCUCCUCCUCCGCCUCGUCCUCCACAGCUGCCUCAGCCUCCCCUAAGGAGCAGAAGGUUUUUGGGCUGUACACGGGGCUGGGGGGCGGCUCGUCGGGCGGGGAGGGGGGCGUGUGGAGCCGGCAGGGGUUCGGGGACCCGGCCGCGGCCCAGCGGAGGGCCAGCGACGGGCUCGGAGGAGCGGCGCAGGGGUUCGCUAACAGCUACGCCAGGUCGGACUCGAGCAGCAGUGCAUCUCCGUCAGGCGCGAAGGCGGGCGGUCCGGCCCAUAAGAUCUGCCUGGUGUGCUCCGACGAGGCCUCGGGAUGCCACUACGGCGUGCUCACCUGCGGCAGCUGCAAGGUCUUCUUCAAGAGGGCCGUCGAAGGGCAGCACAACUACCUGUGUGCCGGCCGCAACGACUGCAUCAUCGACAAGAUCCGCCGCAAGAACUGCCCCGCGUGCCGCUUUCGCAAGUGUCUCAUGGCCGGCAUGAACCUGGAGGCCCGUAAGACGAAGAAGCUGAACCGCUUAAAGGGCGUGCAGCAGCAGCAGCAGCCUCCUCUGCAGCCGGCGGUGAGCGAGCUGUCCCCGCCCGCGCUGCUGGACGCGCGCCCCCUGGUGCCCAAGGCCAUGCCCCAGCUGGUGCCCUCCAUGCUGUCGCUGCUCAAGGCCAUCGAGCCCGACACCAUCUACGCCGGCUACGACGGCACGCUGCCCGACACCUCCACCCGCCUCAUGACCACCCUCAACCGCCUGGGGGGGAGGCAGGUCAUCUCCGCCGUCAAGUGGGCCAAGGCCCUACCAGGGUUCCGGAACCUUCACCUUGACGACCAGAUGACGUUGCUGCAGUGCUCGUGGCUCUUCCUCAUGUCCUUCUGUCUGGGCUGGAGGUCCUACCAGCAGUGUAACGGCAACAUGCUCUGCUUCGCACCCGACCUGGUCAUCAACGAGGAGCGCAUGAAGCUGCCGUACAUGAAUGACCAGUGUGAGCAGCUCCUGAAGAUCUCCAAUGAGUUUGUGCGGCUGCAGGUGUCUGAUGACGAGUACCUCUGCAUGAAGGUCCUACUGCUGCUCAGCACAGUGCCGAAGGACGGUCUGAAGAGCCAGUCGGUGUUCGACGAGAUCCGCAUGUCCUACAUCAAGGAGCUGGGGAAGGCCAUUGUGAAGCGCAAAGAGAACUCCAGCCAGAACUGGCAGCGCUUCUACCAACUCACCAAACUACUGGACUCCAUGCAUGAUAUGGUGGGCGGUCUGCUGAACUUCUGCUUCUACACCUUCGUCAACAAGUCCCUGAGCGUGGAGUUCCCUGAGAUGCUGGCAGAGAUCAUCAGCAACCAGUUACCAAAAUUCAAAGCCGGGAGCGUCAAGCCGCUGCUCUUCCACCAGAAGUGACUGACUGGGGGAAGCGGUAACACCGACAAAAUGGACACCAAGACCUCCGACAUCCACACCAACAACACCAACACCAACACCACCAUGCCCAUGCCCCUGACCUGAGGGAUAUACUAAGAAGCUGCUUCAGGAGAAUCAGGAGAAGUUAAGAGGUAAAUCAUACAAUAGAAGAGCCUGGAUUCUUAAAAAAAAUGAGGACUCCAGGCUCUUCUAUUAGAUGAUUUACCUCUUAGUUGAACAUGGUUUAUAGUCCUGAACCAGCUUAUUAGUACAGGCCCCUGACCUGACUGACGGCCCUUCACCAACCACUCUCUCUCUCACACGCACACAGAAAUACAGUAAGCGCGCACACGCACGCACACACACACAAACACACAAACACACACACACCGCUGCGGCAGGAACGCAAUGCCUUAAAGAGACACUUGCCACCCCCGAAACCCAAACCUGCCUCGUUCUCUCUCUCUCGCUCUCUCUCUGGUCACCUCAAUGCACCUCAACACAGCGCAAUGCGGGACUGGUGUGUGCUAGCCCCUUUCCUCCACCCCAGCUUGGUUCCACCCAGCCCAGUCCAACCCUCCUUUUCAGGGGUGGUUAAAGGGAGAUGACUUGAGGGUAAGGAUAGCAAUUGGAAAGGGCAUGUGUGGCUGAGGUGGUGGUGAGGGUGGGGGGAGGGGGCCGGGGGCACACACACACCUACAGACUGUAUGCAAGCACCCAAAUAUGAGGGCGCCCCCCACCCGUCUAAAGAGACGAGAUGUGAUGUCGUGAGGAUGAAGAAAGAAGAGGAAUAGUUGUCAAGACGUGGAUUUUAAGACCUUUUAAGUCAACAAGUCAUGUUCUGUCUGUUUUCAUUUUGGUUUUCUUGGAUGUUUUUUGGAAAGAGAAAAAGGCAACACCUCUUACGGGGCUGCGAUCGAUGGCAUACUAUUAUGACUCUCACACAGAAACGAAAAUGAAACGCAACCAACCGCAACUGCUGUCUCAGGUGUAUGAAAUGUCAGCGUGGAGAUUAUGUCGUGACGUUUAAGAAAUUAUGAGGCUUCAAGAAAAAGCAACAGUAUGUAGUAGGUAACAUUUUUACAUUUAUAUACUUUACAGGUCGUCAUUAGCUUCACGGCUAUAUGCUACUUUUCUCCCUCCUCCACUCACCCGCCCAACCCAAAGUACCCCAUAUAGCACUUCUAGCUCUUCUCAUUUUGUCCAGAAAUGUCUCUUCAACGCAACUUUUUGAGCUCACAAAACAUACAAAAAGGUCUUAGUUUGUUAUUUAGUCAUGUCAUCUACAUACAUGCGUACAUACAGCACAAAAAAAUAGCAUUCAAAAAGGAAAAAAAGAGAAAAAAAAUCAGAACUUAUGAAUUGCAAGUGGUUUUUUGUUUGUUUUUGUUUUGUGUUUUUGUCAGCAUCAACUACGACAGUCUUAAAUGGUCUACAUACAGUUGAUGGAAUAUGUUUAUCUGUUGAAAUCACGGACAAGUUCUGAACAUGUGGAAAGGGAUCUUACGUGCCUUUUUGUAGCUUCGCUCUCAGUUUUAGCGGUUUCCUUUUAACUGUUUUUUUCUUUUCUUUGAUUACUUCUUUAUUUUGUUUAAACCCCAACAAAAAGUACUUCGUUCCCAAAACAUAAUUGGUCAUCCAUUUUACGAUGGUAAAAUACUGUAUGUUUUAAAAUUUUGCUCUGUAAUAAGACUUGUGCUGGCAGUGUCGUCCUCUCCUCCCUCUCUCUCUCUCUCUCUCCCUCUCUCUCUCUCUCUCAAACUGGCCAUCAUAUUUUUGGCAGCUCAGUGGUUCUUAGGAAACAUAGAAAAAAUAACAGCUAAAAACAAGUGAUCCUUACUGACACUCACAGUGACUUCCAUUGCAGACCACAACGAACAUGCAUACUCCAUCCUGUAAUAAUCAUUAAUGUUUGGGAUACCUUUUUUUCGAACUUGCAAUUAUCUUUGGAGCACUUUUUGUCAAAAGGCUUUAAAUGAACUGCUAAAGUGGGCAGAUGUUAAUUGUUUAAAUUGUGUAUAGCCAAAUGCUAAUGAAAAUAGCGAAAUUAGGAAGCCAUCUUGUUUUAAUCAUCAUUGUCACCAUUGACAAAAAAAUAUUCGUCAAUUAUGCAAUGCACAUACAAAAAAAGGAGAAAAAAAAGAAACGAAAAAAAAUGAACAACUAAAUGUAUUCCUUUUAUUAUUGUGUUGUCUGUUCAGUUUCUUGAUUGUGUGUUUGUUUUGUUACCCCCAUCCUCCUCUCCUGGGGUGCAUUUCUCAAAACCGAAGUUACUUACUACAUUAGCUACUUUGUUGUGUUCAAUGCAUUUUCCCAUUGGCAACUACAGAAGUUAGAAGGUUAACAACUUCUCUUUUGAGAAAUGCACCCCUGUCCUUCUCUAUUCCGCCUCCAUCUUCCCCAUUGGAGCAUAGGAAACCCACCUUGCCUACGAUUUUAAACUGUGAAUGCAGACUUCCUUAGCUCACUUACAACCAUAUGCAGUAAAAAAAAAAAACUAAAAAGAAAAAAAAAAAGUCAGACUGACGCCUCGGACACAAAACAGGAAACCUCAUCUCUCUUUUUUCUCUUUUUAUUUGUAUCCGAAAACAUCAAUUCUAUACAAAGACUUAUGUCAGUAUAAUGUUUUCUUUCUACCUUUUUCUUAUCUGCAGUCGGACAGGGAAUAGUAAACAUAAACACAAGCCAGUGCAAUCACUUUUCUACGUUACUCAAUGCAGCAAACCGCCUCUUGAUCUCUCCUGCUCUCUCUCAUUACUUGCUCUCUUCUACAAUCUUUCACUCAAUCUGCCUUCCCCCCCCCCACCCCCCCUCUCUCUCUCUCUUUCUCCGUCUCUCACUCUCUGCUCCUUGCCAUUCACUCAGGUCCACAACCUACCUGUUGUCGUGUACUCACACUCCCAGCCAGCAGCCGAGUGUUGUGCCGGAUCUGGCCCUGCUCUGUGCCAGAGGGGGGCUGUAUCCAGGGCUCUAAAUUAACACCAGCCAACCAGCCAAAUGGUGGUGAAAUUUCAGUUUAACUGGUAGAAAACAUUAGUCAGUGUACUGUGUAUUUGGCUAGUA